CAACCCCGCAUCGUCACAUUGAUCUACUUCUACGCUCGUUUCCAAUGAUAUGGUACCUCCACUUGAUGUAUGUACACACACACACACACACACACAUUUCCCAUUACCAUCAGUGCCGUAUAGCAACUGUCAGGGACUGACUGCAACACAGGAAAAACGGGAAAGGGCGACUCCCAAUUUGUUUGUUCCUGCUGUGAAAAUUGUCACAUAAAAGCGAGGAAAUACGCGCCCCUGGAGACAACUUCCAGCGGCGGCUUCUCCCAGGGAUGAAGGGCCCUGAUUGUUUUCCACAAGGAUCACGGGCUUCAUCUUCAAAGGCUUCUAGAUAGAGGGCGUAAUUGGAAGGCAAAGAUCUAGGGGUCUUUGUAUCUACUGAUAGCCGAUAAAGAACACAUUCAGCAAAGCAUCUUCUCUGCAUUGUUUUUGCUAAACGAUCCUUACAGGGACAUUGUCUGCGCGCGGUUGGACGCCCGGCCCGUCAAACACGUAGAAUUUUUGAGGUGAUGCGUCCAGACGCCUGGAUGGCUGCCGCACCUUCAUCAGUCAGGCGUCUUGGUCACUUUAUUUCCCUUUCAAAGUGCUUUAGAGGUGCGUAGCCAUGGCUACAUCAACCUUGCUUUGUAACUUGCUCUGUAGUUACUUGCACAUUAACCAUUUCAUUUGGCGAAGAAUGAAUGAUUUUUGUUGUGUAAUAGUGACAUUACGUAAAAUUAAUUGUCGGUUCUUAAUUAACCCACUUAAUGCAUGUUCACGAAAUCGAAUUUACCUAUUUAUUUUUAUAGGAAAUGACUGGACGGAAUAGGCAUGCAUUUGGUUAUGGUGGGGGUUUCAUCUGUUCCUAGGACCACUUGUCUCACCUUAGUUUUGCAUUUUGACUGAAGAACAAUCAAACUUAAUUGUGUUGCUACUGUAAUGCCUUUGAUCUGUACUGUUAAGCCGCUUGCACCAACAGCGCGCUUCUGUCCCGGAGGCGCCAGUGCUCAACGGGGAAUCCAGAACAUGUUAAUACCAGACCAUUUAAAACUCAUUGUAAUCGCUAUAAUUAUCAGUUCGAUUGCAUUCCCUGGCGGCGAGUGGUUAUUCUCCCUUUUAUUGUGAAACGAAAUUGUACAUUUACCGAAACCAACAAAUUGCAUUAGACUAAAUCAAGAUAGAGCGCUCCUUAAGAUGUUUCAUAGGUACUUGGACAGAGAGGUUAUGUAGCCUGUCAUUUCCUUCUAUCAUGAAUAUUAAAGUUCUGAUCUUGCACAGUCAAACAGGCCAAGAACCGUGGUGAAAAUAUUGCAAUGUUGGGCUAUCACGGUCUUUUAACGAACGCUCGUAACUAGUGCCACCAGUACCUCAUUUCUUACCUUCCACAAUUUCAGAUAUAGCUUUGAUAAAGCUUUAAAUGUAAAUUUGACAAAUAUGGUAACUCUUCUUUAAAUGCACUUAACUACUCGCCAAGCCAAUGCAAACCUGUAUAAACUUGGAUGCGUUACGCCUCCAAGUGCGAUGCAUACAAAUGCAUGAGUGGGACUGGUUCUCACAGACUUGGUGGCGCCAGGUUUUCACACAGUCAAAGCAAAUUUGAAACAGUUCUGUAACGACCCAUUAGGCUGUAAUCAUCGAGAACAGUCAGGCGGUAACGUUUUUUGCAUAUGCUAAUGUUUACAGGGACUGAUCCUAUAUGAAACCACCUGAAAAGCAGAGUCGUUAUUGACAGAGCAAGCAAGCAUUGCCUACAACUUGUGGAUACAUUAUCACCGCAAAGUCCGAAAUGGUCAAAAGUUUUUCUGUUGACUGGCUGGCUCGGAGCCAUUUCGACAUUUCGACUGAACAGGGUACACAUUUUUUGGAAAGUACCCCGAUGCAUUUUAUAAAACACAUUCCAUGCGUAGUUCAACAACGACCUCCGACAUGUAAUAACAAGAUCUGUUUUCAAUCGAGACCAAAAGGCAUCGGGGACCAGGACAUACGGUCCUCUUCAAAUAAUUCUUCCAAUCCGACUGGCUGCGCUUCCCCAAGCAUUUCAGAAAACAGCGGCUAUUCGUCCGGGUACGAGAGCGAGGCUGCUACCGUUGAAGGCCAGUCCAUUGAAGAGGUCCAAGAAAGAGAGAGUACAGUGAGGAUUCACCGCAGAGCCCGCACCAAGUUUACUUCUGAACAGAUUUACAAACUGGAGAAAACCUUCAAAAAGCACAAGUACCUGGAUCCUACCGAGAGAAUUAAGACGGCAGAGAAACUGAACCUCUCUGAAACGCAGGUGAGAACCUGGUUUCAGAACCGGAGAAUGAAACUGAAGCGCGACGUGCAAGACUGGAGCACACAUCACUGUGCUCCCACUGUUCUGAUCCCGGCCGCUUUCCUGUCGUGGCCUCCUGCGUUUCAGCACCACGACGGCGCUGGACAGCGACUCCCUUUCAUUCCCGCAGCCCUGGCACAGGCACGCUACCAACACCCGAUGUAGCAGAUACCGACACAGCAAGCGCGGCAGCUAAUGCACUCAUCUGUUACUGAGUGAAACUCUUUGGGGUCUUUUAACAUCAAAGACAUUGGGAUGGGGGAAAUAUAGCCUUUUUGUUAUUUUUAUUCAAAUGUGCAUUUUUGAACAAUGAAAUGUACGUGUAUUGUCAAAUAUUGUAAAGAGAAGAUAAAUAUAUUUAUUUUUUCACAAAUUAAAAUAUUCGUUAUACUGUAUCCUUCAUAGCAUUUUGUGUGAACUUUGUUUUAAUCAAGUGUAGGCUAUGUGCUCUGUUGUAUAAUAAUAAUAAUAAUAAUAAUAAUAAUAAUACGUAAAGUAGUAGUAGUAAGAUUAGCACUAGCAUACCAGUAUGAGUAAAAAAAAAGUGAUACAGGUUUGUAUGCAAUUAUGUGAAACUCCUAAAAGGCUAGUUAAAAUGAGGGGUUGCAAGUUAAGCUGCGCCAGUCUUCUCAGAAUUUCAUCUGAAGACAAUGCGAAGCAAAUUGCAUCCUUUUAUGGUCUCUUGAUUAAAUAAAUUGAGUUGUCUUUAUGCUAACCACCUUGCAAAAAAUGGUUUUCCUAAAACAUGCAUUUCACUAUCCUAUUUCAUUGAAUUUUAAAGAUUCAUGUUUUGGUCUGUGCUAACCAGAAGUAGGCUAUGUGAUCAUGAUAUUCAUCAGUAAAGGUCCAAUAACCAAUUGAA